AUGCCUUUAAUCCGACCAAUUCCCUUGGCUCCAAUCGAGACGGAACAGUUGCCUGAAGUCGAGAUAAAAGAGGUAUGCAAUGCAGAAAGCUCAGAGGCCGGUCUGGUUCAGCUGCUGUACCAGCAGCACCACCUCGAAAUGAUUAUGCGAAUGAAGGAACAUGAGAAUCUGCUUGGCGAGAUGGCCUGGCUGUAUCCGCAUCUCAAAGAUGUAACAUACGAUGCGCAGCCAUUCAGGCUCAAGUCGGGCGGUCUCUGGACAAAACCGGGGAUGAUCAACAUCAUAGAGCCCAUCAGACACCCGGAUCGACCUGCACCGGAGAUAUACUGGCAUUUUGGCGAGACUGUCUUCAAGCCCUUUUUUCACAAACGCUUUGCGAGGACCAUUUAUCGUCUCGGUUGGGAGCCGAACCAAAUGUAUCUUAUCCACGACGACAUAACGCUUAGAAUUGUGCAAGGAGAGGCGGAUUUCAACUGGUUGCGACCGAGAAUUCCCACUCAACCAUGA